CGGUGUCCCGAGCGAGCGCGCAGUGAGCGAGUGAUCCCGCGCGCGCCAUGGCCGUUGCAUGAGCGGGCGCUACCGCUGGAGCCGACGGGCACUGGGGCCGUGGAGCGCGCGCCGUGGGCCCCGGGCGGCGCGGGCAUGCGCUUCGAGGGCGCGGAGCGGGCCUUCCACCCGCUGCUGGCGCCGCGGCCGAGCGACUUCUCGGUGUCGGCGCUGCUGACGGCGGGCGCGCUGCCGCCGCCGCCCUACCUGCCGGCCGCGCUGGCCGCCGCCGCCGCGCUGUCCGCGCCGUGUCCGCUGCUCAAGCCGCCGCCGCCGCCCUACGCGCCGUUGCCGCCCGACGACGACGGCGUCGUCGAUGACCCCAAGGUCACGCUCGAGGGCAAGGACCUGUGGGAGAAGUUCCACAAGCUGGGCACCGAGAUGGUGAUCACCAAGAGUGGCAGACAAAUGUUCCCACAAAUGAAGUUCCGCGUGUCCGGACUGGACGCGAAAGCAAAAUACAUCCUCUUGCUGGACAUCGUCGCUGCCGACGACUACCGAUAUAAGUUUCAUAACAGUCGGUGGAUGGUAGCCGGCAAGGCUGACCCGGAGAUGCCCAAGAGGAUGUACAUCCACCCCGACUCGCCUUCAACGGGCGAGCAGUGGAUGCAGAAGGUCGUCUCCUUCCACAAGCUGAAAUUGACCAACAACAUCAGCGACAAACACGGAUUCGAGCUCAUCUAUAGCCAAAGCCAACGGAUGUUGUCAAAGUUGCUGUGGCCAAAUCCAGUACCUAGUGCGCCCAGAGACCCCCACUCAGAUCAUUUGACGAUCCUGAAUUCGAUGCACAAGUACCAGCCGAGGUUCCAUCUAGUGCGGGCCAACGACAUCCUCAAGCUGCCGUACUCCACAUUCAGGACGUACGUCUUCAAAGAGACGGAGUUCAUCGCGGUCACCGCAUACCAGAACGAGAAGAUAACGCAACUGAAGAUCGACAACAACCCCUUCGCGAAAGGCUUCCGAGACACGGGGGCGGGGAAACGAGAGAAGAAUCUGUCCGUGUACCGCAGGCAGGCAUUGCUGACGGCGCGGUCGGACGCGCGUGAGGACGACGACGAGCGCCCUCUGGACGUAGGGGGUCCCUCCAGUCCGCCGCCACCUGCCACGCAACACACAAGUAGCUCAUGGUUCAGUUCGAGCGGAGGUGGUGCCGACUCUGGCCCAGAUGAAGCCGGUUCGGACUCAUCAUGCUCCGGACCCGCGCGAGCCCCUUCACCCCCUGCGGGCCCUUCGAGACCCUCACCAGCCCCUGACGUGUCCUUAGGCCCGCCGGUGCAACCUCCCCUACUACCAUACCUCUACCCGCCUUCACUUUACCCGCCACCAUUCUUCCCGCCUCACCAAAUGCCGCCAGGUUUGUUAUUUAACCUGCAUCCAUUACUUCAGCAGUACUCGUUGCCUCCCCCCCUCGCGCCACCUGCACCCGCACCAGCGCCUUCGUUGAGUAAAACGCAUAGGUUUGCACCUUACGCACUUCCUGGGCUUGGAUCGGCGUUCGAACAAGUUGCUCCUAGAGCGAGAAGUCUCAGUUCAUCUCCGGCGCGACCGAGGGUGGGUUCUCCACCCACGAGAGCUGCAUCGGCUGACCCCCCUCCUGACGCGCCGACGUCGACAACCUCAGCCGCGACCCCCCCAGCGUCCGAUCUUAAAAGCAUCGAGCGCAUGGUCAACGGCUUGGACGUUGAGACUCAGGAGUGACCGACCACGUGUAUAUAGAGUGUAUUUAUAUCAAGUCUCGCGAAGGCGGGGCGUCGUUUUGUAUCGUUCCUAUUUUGUUUUUCUGUCGAGUUCUAUUCGGGUCGAUAUAAUCUUGGAGACGGCCGUUGGAACAUUGAAUAUACCUACCAUUUACAUCAUUUACAAUAUCCUACUAUAGGUUUUUACUUCCGGUUUAUUCUACCGAGCGAACAUUACCCAGGAUAUUUCAUUGUACAGGGUCGUGAUCCAAUAAUAAACGGACUUAAUGUAAAAAAUAUAUUGUCACAUUAAAUUUGACAACUCUCUAUAAGAACAGUAAACGUUUACACCUCAAAUUGCAGUUAUUGUUGCCUACAAUGAAUAGUAAAUUGUCUAACAUUAUUUGCUUGCGAAUUUUCUCGGCGCAAAUUUUUUCCAAAAACCUGUUCGAUGUUACGGUCGUCUCUUAAGAUCAUGAUGUUUGUAAAUAGUUAAGCUUACACUAGAUGGUUGUUUAGACGUCAUUUAUGUUUGUGGUUGACGAUCACGCGGUGAACGUGACCUACUCGUACUACCCGGUCAAGUUAAUUGUGGGAUCUGGUUGUUAAAUUCAUAUAAAUAACAGUAACGAUACCAUUAUCUUUGAAGACAAAUUACAUCCUACGAAUCCGCAAAUAACAUUAUCGGAUAGUGCUUUUCAAAAACGCUUUCCCUCUAAACAUAGAUUAAAACAUAGAGACAAUAAAACCCCAAAAUUGGAAAAUGUAGAAAACAACAUCUGUAACUUCAAUUUUUAAUAUGCAAAUAUAUAUUUUUGAUACAAAUUGCAUGAACAGCAACUGUCUAUAAAACUAGUCAUCUUUUUCACAUCAAUCUGUGUUUAGUAUGAAAUCGUUAUUAAUUAUCAAAAUAUAUGGCUAAUUAAUAUUUUCUAAUCCUUACGCCUUAAAUUUUAGAUAUUAACGUCUAAGCCAUCGUAAACACAGCUAUAAUAGUAUAUUUCCAUACCAUAUUAAUAACAUAUUAUCUAUAUUUAUCCUUCCAACGCGCUCUUAUAAAUGAGUAAAAGUUUUUGGUUAAUAAUGGAAAUUCACACAAUUGUAUGAAUUGCAUUGCUUUUGAGGUUAUACCUACUUACAAUUAUUUGAAAUCACCAAAUCACAA